GGACCUCUCCAACAAGCCAACACCGCUCGGAUUGGGCACCCACAAGCGGGGCACCUUCUCAUUCAGCGUCGCCCAGCCCACGGCGAGCUCCGCCGCCCGGUCCACGCCCGCAUCGCCCGCAUCGCCCGAGAAAGGCAAGGGAAAGGAGAAGGCACGCUCCGCCCUGCCCAUCCCGUCUACCUCUAGCUCGAGCUCAAGCUCAAGCUCGGAGGCAAAUCCCUCGUCCACGGUGGGAUGGACGCCGAACACGAGACGAACGUGGACGGGAUCCCGCUCAACUCGUCGCUCUCCUCCCUCUCGCUCGCCCUCCAGAAGCUGAGCAUGCCCGCGCCCUCGCGCCCUGGCACGAGCAUGGGCUUCCAUCCCGAGGCUGCCACGACGAGCGACGGGCAGUCUACGGCGCGGCCGACUUACGCACGUCCGCCCGCCUCCCAGCCGCACCCACACACGUCCCAGCCUCAGUCGCACCCCCGCCCGAACUCGGCGGCUGCGGGCCCGGACGCCGAGGCAUGCUACGUGUGCUCCUCCCACCACUACCACGGCCACCUGCCUGUGGAGGGGAGCCCCGUCAAAGGCGGCGCCGAGCCCGAGAGCGGUGUCGGAGAAGAGAAGGAGGAGGCAGUGAACGAGGAGGGCGCGUCGAUCAUCGCGCAGGCGGUCGAGCGAGAACGAGCAGACGCGGACCGGUCAACGCGUGCAGAUCCUGCGGGGCCACUAGCUGAGCCAAUUGUUGGCGAGGAAGAGGGGGUGGUGGACACGUCGAUGCCCCCUCCGCCGCUGCCUCACAAGGUGAGUACAUACAGAAGAGCGAGAGGAGGGGGGACGAGAGGGGGGAUGACGAGAACAAGGGUGUGUGAGAGGACAGGGAAGGACUGUGAAACCGCAGACAAGCAAGCAGGACCGCGAGCAUGCAACAGGACAGGUGAGCGAAUGGGAGGGCGGGCGAGUGGAUGGCCUUGCUAGUGAGGGGACCAGGAGGAAGGUGAACGGGGGCGAAUGGACGAGCGGGCGGGAGGCGUAGUAGUAC